CUGAUCUCAAACAAAGGAGAUGGGAAAGAGCUGCAAACAAGGUGUGUAUAUAGUGGCUAUCCCUUCAAGCAGUGGUUAGUCUGCAAGGAAUCUGCCGUGGAACUGAAGAGGACUGACGUCACCCAUCAGUAUCUGUCCUUCGUGUAUGACCGAUGUCAACACACAGGGCUGCUGCUGUCACAUUCAGAGGAAGAGGGGGCCUUGUUGUCUGUAUUUACCAUCCAGAAGGACGGUCUAAGCAACAAGAUCAAGUCCUCCCCAUGGCGUAUGCUCUUUCGACCAAACGGCAUCUUCCUGGGGGACAACCAUGUCAUCCUCUAUGGCGCUGAGGUGUGGUCAUCCUCAGACCGGGGCUUUACCUUUAGGCAAAUCUUCUCCCUGCAAGGCGAGGUGGUGACUGAUGUGCUGCGCUGCAACUACAACGGUAUGCUGGUGCUACUGACUGAUCAGGGGAGUAUUUACCUCAUGAAAACAGGUCUGGAGAGGUUUGCCAGGUUAAAUGAGACCCUAAACUCCAAAACCUUUCUGCUGUUCGAUCACAUGGGGAUCCUCAUGGCUGUCGAACUGGAUUCAACUAAACCCAGCAGCCUGAGAUACAGGAUCAUCUCAGUCAACAAACUUAUCCAGGAGCAUGAUAUUGCCUUCAAGAGGUCAAUAGCCUUGCAGUACUACACGUCUGAGUAUGUCCUGCUUCAUGAGUUUGUGCCAGCACAAGACGUGGCCGGCACUUUUCUGUUCUACCCUCACCACGUGGGCAAAAUCUUCAGCCUGAGUGAGGGGGGUAAAGUGGUCAUCACCAGAGUUUUCCAGAGAAACAAUCUGCAAGGUUUUACUGCCUGCGCCACAGGAGACAUCCUGGAGCCAGUCCGUGCUCCCUCAAAGACCGCCGAGCCUCUGCAGGGAAAUAACCUUCAUUAUUAUGCAGGCAAAGAUGAAGCCACUGUCUUACUGGUCCCCAGAGUACCAGUAACAGGGAGUCAAGCCCCACCAGCCCAUCGUUUUUUUAAACGCCACGUUGGCAUGACUGUGGUGUCCCCCGGCUCGACCAGCUUCUUUAUUAUACAGGUGACACAAAACGGGUCAGUGUGGGGUCAGGCCACCGAGCCCACUCUGAUGAAUAGAGGAUCCUGGGAGCUCCCGACGGGCUCCUGGCUGCUCUUCAACACCGUGAUGGGCAGCUGGACCCUGCGGGAAGGGCACUGCCGCCACAAACUUCAGUCGUUGGACAACCUGCGCCCCAACGCACUGGUGCGCAUCAACGUGCGCGAGACGCGCACUUUCACCUUCAAAGCGUUCAUGUCUGACUACUCUCUUUCUCUUACCCGUAAUAAGAAGUUCAUGAAAGUGGUCCUCACAAACCCGAAUGCCAUGAGGGUGACCGCCCGACACUACUGGGACAAGGCCAACAACCACAUGCUCACCCUCACUGUCUACAGCCACAUCUGCAAGAAGGCCAUGACCACGGUGAUCGUGUUCAUUCCGGAAGCUUCUAUGCUGUGCAGCUCGACCAGCUUCUCCUUCACCCUGCAAAACUCCUGCCCAGAGGGGCUCAGUAUUGUCUACCUACCAAGUCAGCCCAUCAGUGACUACGAGUGGAUACACGGAGACCCGGAGGACAACAUGGAAAACGAGAGGCUCUUCGACCUGCCUGUCAACUAUAGGCCUCCGUCCCAGUUGGGUGUGUUGAUCCCUACUUCAGACAACAUCUACAAUGCAGACCCCAGCCAGCCCCGCCCACGGGAGCAUUAUCCCGUGUCCAAGACCACCGGCCGAUAUAAACAGUGUGCUGGAAAGGCAUCUGUGGCGGAGUGCGGCUGCACAAAUGCUCUCAGGGUCUCUCCCCUAGCCAUCAACUCUGACUGCAGGAAGAGGGUUCUGAGAAUGAUGUAUCCUCUGAUCAACUUCAACAUCACGCUGUUCCUCAGGCGUGCUAACCACCAAGACCAACCGCUGCGCUCUCUGUAUUUUGUCACAGUGACCGAGGUCAACAACCGCACCAGCUGGGCCGUCACAGGAACCCUCAUCACUCCUACUAUGGAGAAGAUGAGAAAGUACUUGAAGCGCAGUCUCAAUCAACCACUCUACAACCCUGAGGGCCUGCAGAUCAGUUGCUAUGGGUCAGAACUCUUUCACUUCCGCAUCUCCGUCAUCCCAGGAGUCGUGCUCUGUGACCUGGUAGAGGAAGUGCAGAUCUAUGUGGACAAUCCUCCCCUGGCGUUCCCUGCUGCCUACCUCAUCAGCUGCAUGACGGCCAUAGCACUGGGUGGCUUCAUGCUGCUCGGCUUCCUGCUCAAGAACGUCUCUCCGCCCACCACCAGCACCGUGAAGGCCUUUCUGACGAGAGAGAAUUCAAAAGUGUCCCCAGAGUCCGAGCCCGAGCCUGACAUUGAAGACUAAGACCCCCAAAUAAUUUGUGUACAAUU